UUUUUUUGUAUUUUUUACUGUUUUUAUGUGUUACUGUUUUUACUAUUACUUGUUCUUUUCCUUAACAAAAAAAAUUUUUUUUUGCUCCAAAACAAUAAAGUCCCCAUACCCUUUAAGUUCUUCCUUUCCUUAAAUCCUCUUAAAAUAAUCUUUAUUUAAUUUUUAGGUUUAAGCUUGUAGUAUUUAAAAAACAUUUUUUUGUUAAAAUUUAUGUGUAAUGUGUGGGUUAGAAUGCGAUGUUUGUAAACAAAAACUUCCGUUGGCGGAAAAUACAACCCCAACAAUAUGUAUUUUCCCAUGUUUUCAUAAAUAUUGUGAACGGUGUAAAGCCCAAGUCCUUGCCAGUGCUCGCCCUCAACAUGGUGCUGAAAGCCGUGUGUCUUGCAAACUGUGCAAUCAACAUUUUCUUUUAAACGUGUUAUAUGAUUACAGUGAAAAUCAGAUUGAAAAAAUUUUUUGUCUUCACUGUAACAUAAAAAAUAAAGCUCCAGUGGAAUGGCGUUGUAAAAGCUGCGAGAAUAGAUAUUUGUGCGCCCAUUGUUCACAGCCUCAUUAUCAUUCUGGACAUGAGUUGGAGCCUGUGAUGAAGCCUUCCAUUCCUUUGCGUUCCCAAUGCACUUCUCAUUCUAAUGUUCUUGCAACAUAUUUGUGCUCUUGUCAGGCGCGUUUAUGUGACUAUUGUUUAAACAACCAUGCAGAUGGCUCUACUGAACAUCCGCACGAACAACGCAUUGCAUACACAAAAUUGGCUGAGAGGGCUAGAACAGAGUUGGAAACUAUUAGACGUCAAAGUAUUCGAGAUACCGAAAAAAUCGAAAGUCUCAAAGAGAAAGUAGCUACCAACAAAAAACAAAUAGGUAUACAAGCAACCCAAGCACGUACCGCCGUAGCUAAUGAAGUUGUUGAGUUAGUUAAUGCAAUUAUCAGAAGGGGAAACGAUAUUGUAACGUGUAUAGAUUCGACAGAAGAAACGAAGAUAAAAAAUUGUGGUCAAUUGGAAAAAGAAAUGCAACAUUGGCUUGAUAGAUUGACUAAGAUUGAAAGCUUCACCCAAUCCGCAUUAUUCACAACAGUCCAACAAGACCAUCCAGGAAUGUGGUCUGCUUCAAUGUUUUCACAAAGUGCCUUAUUUCAAGUCAAUAAACGACGUGAUUUAGCUAAAAAUACGUUGGAACAAUUUGAACGUUCGCCAAUAAUUUCUUAUCAAAGUUGGUCAACAAAAGAGUUGUUUAGUGCGAUACGUUCUUUUGGUCUAUUAAAUUUGGAUGGAGAAAUUAAAAUCCCAGCACAAUCAACACCACAAAAUGCUCACAUGUUUUCAAUUUCAAAUAGUUUUACCCAGUCUAAUAGCAAUUCUAACACUUCAAAUAAUGCAACAGAUACUCCACCAGUCCAACAACAACAAAAUAAACGGCCCAUUCCUCCAACUCAAAAUGUCCCUCCAAUUAUACGUUCAACUUCGAAUCAUUCAAAUGCUUCAACUUCACAACAACAUGCUGUUAAUUUUUCUGGUAGUAAUAGUAAUAUACAACAACAACAACCAUUACAACAACAACCACAAAGAAUUUCUACACCAUCAGCUGUUAUUAUGACUUUAUCAUCUCCUCCUCCAAAUAUUCAACAAAAUCCACCAUCUAUCCAUCACCCCAUUCCACAACAACAACAUAAUAUUGGUGGUCCAAACCUUCACCAUUCUGAAAUUCACCAUAUUUCUGUUUCGUCUCCAACUCCAAUUAUUCCACAAUUAUUACAACAACCUUUAAAUGUUUCUGGUUCACGUUUUGUACAACAACACCCCCAACAACACCCACAGCAACAACCCCAACAGCAACAACCCCCUCAGCAUCAUCCUCAACGUCUUCCACAAUUACUUCCAUUAAAUUGCCCAUUACCUGUUGUUGGUUCGCCGCCAAUUUCUUUACCUAAUACACCUCUAACUCCUGUUAUGCAUGGACCGCCUGAUCAGAUGCAAAUUAUGAGACAGAAUAUAGUAUUGCAACAGCAACAACAUAUUGGUCAACAACAACUUCAACAGCAGCCUCAUCAACAACAACAACGUUCUAUUCAACAACAACAACCUUGUCUUCCUCAUAGACAACCACCACCACCACAAUUUCGUAUGCAACAAAUUCCACAAAAUCAUGCUGGUCCAAUGCCCCAUCAAAUUCAACAACAAAAUAUUUGUCAAAAUUCACAACAAUCAAUGUUUAAUCAACAACAACCACAUCAACAACCUCCACCACAUAUUAUUCAACAACAACAGAUGCAGCAACAUCAGCACUAUAUGACAGCACAAAGACUUCAUUUACAGCAACAACAAUUGAUGCUUUCACAGCAGGCAUUGAAAAAAAUUUUUUUCUAG